AUGGUUCUUAACGUUUCAUUUACAAAUGUCGUGGGUAAAACAAUACAAACACAAUUAAAAAACGAUUUUACAUUAGUUGAUUUCAACGCAUUGAUUGCAGAUAAAAUUGAACCGAAUGCAACUGAACAUUAUCGUUUUAUUGCAAAUAAUAAAGAUUUAUGUUUAGAUAAUGAAACAGAAUUUAAUAAACGUAAACAGCUGAUUAAAAAUGGUGUGACAAUAUUUCUGUUACGUCGUAUGCAAGGUGGUGGCUACAUUGAAAUGUCAAUUCUGAUUGAUAUUGUUAUUAAUGAGCUCUCCCAGGAACUAUUAAAACUACCAAAACAACUGGAUGAUUGUAUCAUCUGUCUUGAUAGUAAACCGUGUAUGAAAUUGUGCUGUAAUAAAAUUUGUAUAGAAUGUUUUACAAAUUAUUUUAAAACAUCUGAUCUUCGUCUAAAAUGUAUGGUCUGUCGUAACAGUAAGAGUACAAACGAAUUUCUACCGUAUGAACAAUUCUUUAAAACACAAGAUUUUAUACGAUCAUUGUAUGCACUGGAUGAAGUACGUGAUUUAAUGAAACAUAUUGAUUGUCAAAUAUGUCACUGUGGUGUACUGAUGGUUAACGAAACAAUGUAUUCAAAACAGAAAUGUGAACAGUGUAAACGUUGGUUCUGUUUCUUCUGCAAUAAAGAUUGGAAAGAGGAAGAAAUGAAAAAUGAUCAGUUUACAUGUCAUAAUCACUGUGUCUAUGAAACAAAAUUGGGUUAUGAUCUUGUUCCGCUGGCCAUGAAUUCGCAGUUACACGUUCCAAGUCGUCGUUGCUGUCCAAAAUGUUUUAUACAUCGGUGGCUAUGA